UGUGGCUACCAGGAGAUGCUUCUGUUGCUGCCGCAGCCCUACUGCACUCUGCACAGCUGUUGAGGGCGCCCGGGAUCCUGGGGCCAUGCAGCCCAGGUCUUUGCAGCCUGGAGCGGCGCUCACCGCGCUCCUCACCGCAGUCUUGGCUUGGCCGCGGGAAGGAGGGAGCCGGCUCCUGAGUGCUUCGGACUUGGACCUCAGAGGAGGGCAGCCAAUCUGCAGGGGAGGGACACAGAAGCCAUGCUAUAAAGUUGUUUACUUCCAUGAUGCUUCCAGAAGGGUCAGCUUUGAUGAAGCCAACACAGCCUGCCGCAGGGAUGGAGGCCAGCUAGUCAGUGUGGAGUCCGAAGAUGAACAGAGGUUGAUAGAAAAAUUCAUUGAAAACCUCUUGGCUUCUGAUGGAGACUUCUGGAUUGGGCUCCGAAGGCGUGAGGAGAAGCAGGGCAACAACAGCACAGCCUGCCCAGAUCUGUACAUGUGGACAGAUGGCAGCACAUCAACAUUUCGGAAUUGGUAUGUGGAUGAGCCUUCCUGUGGGAGUGAGGUCUGUGUUGUUAUGUACCACCAGCCAUCAGCCCCGGUGGGCAUUGGAGGCCCCUACAUGUCUCAGUGGAAUGAUGACAGAUGCAACAUGAAGAACAAUUUCAUCUGCAAAUAUUCUGAGGGUAAUGAUUCACCACAGAAGCCAAUACUGGCAGCUACUUCUGUGAUAUGGAGUCAUUUACCUGGAGGUGAUAAAAGAGAACCAGUAACUCCAACACCUCCAGAAAGAUUCCUCAAAGAAGAUACUAAUGGAACAGUUAAAGAAACCAAAGGGCCUGAAUUGAAUCUUGCCUACAUCCUUAUUCCCAGCAUUCCCCUCUUUCUUCUUCUCGUGGUCACUACAGUUAUAUGUUGGUUAUGGAUCUGUGGAAGGAGGAAACGAGAGCAGUCAGAGAGUACAAAGGAGCCAAACAUUUGGCCAUCUCCCCACAGAAGGAAUAGUCCUGACCUGGAAGUUUAUAAUGUCAUAAGAAAGCAGAGUGAAGCAGACUUAACUGAGCCUCGGCCAGACCUGAAGAAUAUUUCAUUCCGGGGCCGGUCUGGAGGAGUCACCCCCAACGACUUGUCUUGUGACUAUGAUAACAUAGUAGUGAACGCCUCUGAGAGUGGCUUUGUGACUCUGGCGAGCAUGGAAAGUGGGUUUGUGACCAACGACAUCUAUGAACUAUCCCCUGAGAGGAUAGGGAGGAGCAAGGAGUCUGGCUGGGUGGAAAACGAAAUCUAUGGUUAUUAGAAAAUGCGGGAAUAAUAACAACAAAGAGAAAAAAAUGUUCCUACUUUGUAUAAAACUGGCAGGACUGGAAGAGGGCUGAUGCCUGAACUCUUGGAUGGACCUGUGGUCUCGUCAUUAAGGGGACUCCCCUCCAGCCCUGAAGAUCUCAACUUAACUGUACUUGCCCAUCCUGUGCAAGUGUUGCUCAUAUUCUUCCUUAAAUCUGCCAUAGGGAAUCUACCCAACAUGGCAGGAAACUUUCUCUGGUUCUCUUUGCAUUGUAAGGAUAGCAGCAGAGCAUGCAAACUGUUCAUCAGUUACACAACUCUUACGAUGUGACCGGUCCAUCUCCCCCCCCCGCUGCGCGCCCCAAGUCAUGCAUUACUUUGCAUUGCUUCUCUUGCACAAUUGCCUACUUGUCCUAUAUUGCAACCUGCUCAUGUCUACACCAUGGACUUCUCUACUACCCUUUUGGGUGAUCUGCAAUUUCAGUUUUUUGGAGACUAGAGUAUUCCAUAGCUCACACCCAUAUAAUACCACCAGGAGAAUGUUGAUGUUAAAAAGGUGGGCCUUUGUUUCAGGGAAAAGCUCAGGGUCAUUAAAAGAAUAGUACAAUUUUCCAAAAGCAAUUCAGCCCAGUCACCUCCCCUGUUGAGCCCAGCUUUUUUUCCAGUUGCAGUGUCUGUCCAAGAUAUAUCUACUUAUGGAUGACUUCUGUGGACUGUCCAUCCAACAACUUUUCACAAUUCAGACAAAAACCAUUUUUUAUCCACUAGAUUUUUCCCAUAUGGGUGGCUAAAUCAAAGAUUUUUAAAUGAAAACAUUCUAGUCCUUAAUGAAAUCAGCAGAAUGGCACCCAUAAAUGCCAACAUCUGGAAGACCCCAUCUAAAAAGAAUCCCUUUUUUGAUUUGGACAGCGUCCUCCAUGUUGGUGGCAAAUACCUUUGGCAAUCAUGAACCUCCCAGUUCAUGAUUUGCUUGAUAUAAAUUAGAGAGUUAUUGAACAAAGUUAUUUCUGUUAUUAUAAAUUUUAAGGAAUCUCGUAUGAAUUUGACAAAUGUAUGGUGCCUGGCAUGAGGAAAAUCAGUUCAGAUAUGAAAACAAUGAAGAGAUUUCUUCUGGUUGUCAAGAUUCGGUUAGAUCCUCUGAUCCUUGUGUCCCCUAUGAGGCUAGGUCCCAACCUCAUCUUAAUCAGAGGGCAGCAAUGGUGGUGAUAGACAGUGGAGGUUGGGAAAUUUCCUUCUCAAUUCUAUUUUUGUGGCCCUGGGCCAUGGCACAAAAAUUAAUUGCACGUAUACAAUCAUAAAAACAUAUUAGCUUGCUAUCUUUCUUAUGUUUCCCAGGGCACACGUGGGAGUAUCGGAAGCUGAUUGUAUGAAAGAAUAUUCCCUUAUCUGUAUGUCCCACAAGAACAAGAAUGAAAUAAAAGGUAAAAGAGAUAGUAAAUUGGUCAUUUUCUCUCCCUGGGUUUUCCUCAGC